CCAUAUAAUAAUCUGCUCUUGUGUCGUGUCGUGAUCCUUUUUAUUUCCAAGAACAUCUCUCCCUCUCUCUCGUCCCACCAUCCCUCUCUCUCUGCUCUCUAAUAAUUUCUAGCAGUUAAAGAUUUGGGAGCAUUCCCAGAGAUGCAGGAGGAACCAUCUGAUCGUAAGCACAAGCACCUCCAUGACCCUCUUCUUCCUCCUCGCUCUGCUCGUGGUUCGCCAGCGGGGGUCCUCAAAAAUGGCGGAAAUGGCACGCCGGAUGGGGAAACAAGGCACAAGAAGAAGGCGGUGAGGUUCUCCGAGCAAGAACAACUUAAGCAGAAGCAAGACCCAACAAAAGGCGACAGUCAUUCUCCUGCUGCCCAUGGUGUCGGGAAGUCUCCAUCGCUGAACAAGUAUGCUCUUUGGGCUGCUGUCUUGGCUUCCAUGAACUCCAUUCUCUUGGGCUAUGGUUUGACUCGUGUCCAGCCGAGUCGAGACCCUGGCUACGCUACCAGUGUAUUGUGGCUCUCGAUCUCCUUUUUGCUAGUAAAGAUCCUUCCUUUAACUGAAAUAACCGGUAAAGUUCCGUGCUUUGUGUCUAAAUUGCUGGAGCCUCUGGAAUUUACAGACAUUGGAGUGAUGAGUGGUGCAGUCCUGUUCAUCAAGGAGAGCCUCAGCAUCUCAUCCACCCAAGUCGAGAUCCUAGUCGGUUCACUGAACGUGGUCUCGCUGAUAGGGUCCCUUGCCUCUGGCCGUACCUCAGAUUGGAUCGGGCGGAGGUACACCAUAGUCCUCGCAGCCUUAACUUUCCUAGUAGGGGCCCUCCUCAUGGGCCUUGCUCCAUCCUUCCCUUUCUUAAUGGCUGGGAGGGUGAUUGCCGGAAUUGGGGUCGGGUACUCCCUCGUGAUUGGCCCAGUCUAUGCUGCUGAGCUCUCCCCUGCCAUGUCUCGUGGUUUCCUAUCUUCCCUCCCUGAAGUGUUCAUAAACGUGGGGAUCCUGCUCGGUUAUGUCUCCAAUUAUAUCUUUUCGGGGUUACCGGCUGAAAUCAAUUGGAGGCUCAUGCUGGGCAUAGCAGCGGCCCCAGCAGUGGCCGUUGGAAUGGGUGUCCUGGGGAUGCCGGAAUCACCCAGAUGGCUGGUGAUGGAGGGAAGGCUGGAUGAAGCGAAGCAGGUGCUAGUGAAAACAUCGGAGUCCGAACCGGAAGCUGAGCUGAGGCUCCAUGAAAUAACCAGGGCAGCCAGUUCGGUCGGGUCCAGCCGGACCCGUUGGCAUGGGCAGGGUGUCUGGAGAGAAAUUUUGCUGAGGCCGUCCAGGCCUAUCCGCCGCAUCCUGAUUGCUGCCCUGGGAGUGAACUUCUUCAUGCAGGCAUCCGGGAACGAUGCGGUCGUUUACUACAGCCCUCAGGUAUUCCGGGAAACUGGGAUCAGCAGCAGCAGGCAGCUUCUAGGCGUGACAAUUAUCAUGGGCAUCGCCAAGGCCUUCUUCGCGCUUGUCUCGGCCCUGUUCCUGGACCACUUCGGCAGGCGGCCCCUCCUUAUGCUAGGCUCAACCGGGAUGGCGUUCUCCUUGUUGGGCUUGGGCCUGGGCUCCAAGUUCCUCGAGCACUCAGCCGACAACCCCUCCUGGGCCAUCGCUCUCUGCGUGGUGGCGGUCUGCGCUGAUGUAUCGUUCUUCUCGAUCGGUCUCGGGCCCAUCACAUGGGUCUAUUCCUCGGAGAUAUUCCCAACAGCACUGCGAGCCCAAGGCACCAGCCUGGCGGUGGCAGUGAACCGACUUGUUAGCGGGGCCGUGGCGAUGUCAUUCCUGAGCAUCUCUAGGGAGAUAACAUUUGGAGGGAUGUUCUUUGUGCUUGCAGGAGUUAUGGUGUUGGCUACGGUUUUCUUCUACUUCUUCUUGCCUGAAACUAAGGGGAAGAGCUUAGAAGAGAUUGAGUCUCUGUUUGAAGACAAAGUGACUGAAUAGUUGAAGAAAAUCAAUAAGGUACUUUCACUAAAGAUGUGUAGAAAUUCUUCUUUUUUUUUUAGUCACUCUUCUCCCAAAAAGAAAAAAAAUAAUUUAUAAGGGAUCAGAGAUUGUUGUCUUGUUGAGGAUACUUUGUGGACGUUUACCCUGAUAUUCAGAAGCCUUGCCUAAUGAAAUCUGAUUAAUUCAGUCGAGAGAUUGAGUAUUAAAAGUUAUUCUCCCUCCCAAUAAGUAUGCUUUCCGAAAUUCGAAUUUGUGUUCUCUUUCUUACGAGGUGAGCUGCUUAUCACUCAACCAACGCUUUUAUUGGUUGUUAAUGGUACUUUGUAAUCCCACUUAGAGCGAGGGAAAAGAAAAGAAAGAGAUUGCCAUUUAUUGAUGUAAUUUUCCUCGUAUAGCUGUGAAUACAAGUUAAUGUAAUUUUUUUUUCCA